CGGGCGCGGACCCGGCGAGGGGAAGGCACCCGUUGCUUUUUUAUGCUUUGGCUGCUGGAUAUACGUACUGGUUGCUUGGCUGCUCGUGCUGCAUGCCGGGGCUGUAAGGGAGUCUGAGGAUAUUGGGCGUUAUUAGGAAGCCUGGCCGCGACUUGCUUAUGUUGGUCCGGUGUUUGCAUCCGCGUCACGUGACCCGCGCGGUUUGCGGGGUGCUGCCUGCGAACAUCGGGGCUGGGGAAGGGCCAGGAAUCGGGGGAUCUCUUUUAAUACUGGCAGCUUUCGUAUUUCCGUGCAUCUCUCCUAGUUUGGGUGUUUUAUAUUUGAAUGCUUUCAAAAUCGUAGCCCUAAUUGGGGUGCUUUCUAAAUUGUGUUUUUCAACUCGGGUAGUUUUUAUUUGGGUGUUUUUUAAUUUGGGAGUCUUCUUAUUUGCGAGUCUUCUAAAUUAAUUGUCCCUCUAAACUGAAAAUACGUUUUGGUUUGAGGAUAUGUCUCAGCUUCAGGACAUUUGUGAACUGGAAUAUCACUAGAAUUUGAGAAUCACCUUCAACUGACAUCG